UGGAGCUCUGACUUCCUGAAGGACCUCACAGUGAGCGACUAUAAAAUGUCAGUCACAUUCACCAGCCAGUCGAGUGACAUGGAAGGAUACACUAUGGACCUGGUUGACAGUGAGGCUUGGAGCCAAAACAAGCGGAGCUCAGGUCACUGGAGGAGGCCUGCUGCCGUGUGCAUGGGGCUGCUGGCUCUCGCCCUGCUCAUCGCCAUCCUCAGCUUUGUGGCACGAGGUCCUGGUGUCAACAACUCUCAGAGCACCACCCAGGUCCCAACAAGUCAGAACAAGUGUGAAAACCUGACCCGGCACUGGAUGCAGCUCCAGACGAGCUACAGCAGUCUCUCUGAAAACACCAUCCAGCUGCAGCACGACUACCACUCGCUGGAAAAGGAGAAGGAAGCCCUGACGGCUGAGCGAGAUGCCACCAGAGUGGACCGAGACUCCCUCCGAGCAGAGAUGGACCUGCUCAAACCUGAGCGAGACGCCCUGGCAAGUGAGCGUGACUCGCUGCUGGAUGAGAUGUCCUCCCUCAAGGCUGACAGAGAUAACCUGACCUUGGACCAGGAGUUCCUACGACUAGAGCGAGAUGCCCUCAAACCUGAGAGAGACAGCCUCCGACAGGAGCGCGACCAGCUCAGAGGUGAGAAGGAUGCGAUUGUUGCCGAGCGAGAUGGUUUGAGAGCAGAGCAGGAGGUCCUCAAACCUGAGAGGGACGCCCUCAAGAACCAACUGGACUCACUGCAGGUAGAUCAGGCGCAGCUGAGAGUCCAGAAUGACAGGUUGAAGGAGAGCAACAGCAACUUGACAGUGAGGAUGGAAGCGCUGCAGAAGAAGUAUCACACUUUGUUAGACAGCACCAAGCUGACAGUGAACGCCUCAGAAAAUGUUUGUCCCAUUUCCUGGAUUAAAUUCCAGAACAAAUGCUACUACAUCUCCAAGAAGUCAGAGACCAAAGGCUGGAUUUUCGCUAAGAGAGACUGUGAGCGGCGCCGGGGACACCUGGUGAUCAUCAACUCGAAAGAAGAGAAUGACUUUGUCUCCAGGUUCUACGACCAGACCUGGAUCGGUCUGUCGGAUACGGAGGAGGAGGGGAAGUGGAAGUGGGUGAAUGGGGUGGACUUUGCCGGUGAAGGUUUCUGGAUGCAGGGCGAGCCCAACGGUGCUAGCAGCAAGGAGGACUGUGCGGAGGUGACUCAGGAGAGAGGAGAGUGGAAUGAUGUUGCCUGCAGCAAGAUGCUGUCCUACGUUUGUGAGAUGUAGAGUCCAGGCCUCUUUUGUUGUUUCACGGAUCAAGUGAAGCAGAGCUCUCCACGUCAGUCCAAUAAAA